GGAGACUCAACUGGAUUAAUCGAGAGUAGGUCAAGAAAAUGAGGUUUGGUUACAACUCUAAACGACAUGAGAGUUCCAGAUGGAAUAGCAUCAAAGACUAUGGCGAACUCCCUAGGUGUAGCACUAACCACAAGUGUGAAGGAAGAGGUCAUAGACAACAGAUUUUUGAUUUCAAGGAUCGGAACUGAAAAAAGUGGUCCCACUUGCCCUUAGUAGUAGGGGUUUCCAAAUCAGCCCCCACAACUUCCGUUUGAAAUGUACAUCGCUAGCUAGCUAAAAAAACAACAACAAGGACAAAUUAACCAUCUGUCAACUUUCAUGAGAUUAAACGAUAUCUAACCAAGGAUUUUACCAAGUGGGAAGCCCUAAGUAGUUCACUAGCCCUCCAGGAAAGUGAGCUGGAAGGACAUAACAAAGGAGCCAGGUUGCAAGAAAACAGAUGAAAGAAGGGGCAACAAUGUCUGAAGAAGGGGCAACAAUGUCUGAAGAAGGGGCAACAAUGUCUGAAGAAGGGGCAACAAUGUCUGAAGAAAGGGCAACAAUGUCGGAAGAAGGGGCAACAAUGUCGGAAGAAGGGGCAACAGUGUCGGAAAAAGGACAGAUAAUUGCCUCUGAUACUGGUAGUGAUGAGGAGUUAGGUGAAGCAUUGUCUAAUGGCAACCCCAUACCACCUAAGAGGGGAAAGGGAAGGGCCAAAGGAUCAGGCUCUAAGACACCCAAGAUACUGAGGGUACUAGACAAGCAGCCACGAGGCAGGCCACGUAAAGUGGUUGACCCUAAUGCUGUUUCAGCAGAGCCAACUGCACCUCUGAAGCAUGGCCGGCCCCAAAAAGUUAAACAACCAAAAAAAAGGGGUAGGCCGAGGAAGAACCCGCUAUCAACUGAGGAGGAAGAAAAGAGAAAGAAACCGAAAAGCCAACCUAAGGGAUCAAGAGUGUCGAAGCCUCUCGGAAGGCCGCACAUCCAUCCCUGCAUGGAUCCCCCAGCCACCUCUGCCGAGCCACGGGGAAGAGGCCGCCCACGCAAGGCAAUAAUAGGUAAAGGUGCCCACCUACGGAAUAACCCACCUCCAACCUCUAAAGUUUCCAAGCCACCCGUUAAAGAUGGUUCCCCGCGAAAGAGGGGCCGCCCCUUAGGCUCCGUACUAGCAAACAAUGCCAAGAGAGCAGCAGAGAAGGAUAGUUCCAAUAGUGCACCCCCAGCCAAACGGGGGUGCACUGUUUCUCCAAUAGUAAAGCUUUACCGCUGCACCAAUGGUAAAGCAAAUGUGUUAGAUGAAGCUGCCAUCCAAGCCCAGAGGCGAAGAGGCAGGAGAAAGACUGUGAAAGUUGAUUAUACAACUUAUGAUUCAGAGGAGGAGGAAGAUGCAGAGAAAAAUGAGGAUGAAGACUUGUCUCCAGUUGAAGAGGAAAUAAAUCCACACAGUGAUCAUCACAAGGCUAGCAAACCUGGUAAGGUGGCGGCAGCCCUAAAGAAGGUGGGGGUUGUUUCUAAAAGGAGGGGCAGGAAGCCUGGCUCAACCAAAAAGGUUAUAAAGUAAAAGGAACCUAGGUGGAGCAGACUGAACAAGACAACACACCUUGUUGCCGGGAAACACAAAAUAUCAGUAGCAUCUUGUAGGAUGAAUGGACAUGUUUUUAAAAUUUUAUUAAUGGGAUAGCUUUUACCUAACUCUUUAGUUUUCUCAAUUAACCUACGUGUCUAUUUGCUCUUGCUAUUAUUGUUGAUGGUUUGUGGAAACCAUGUGAAUCUUUUUUUUUUUUUUUUCAUAGCUCGAAUGAUGUGAAGACAAUUUCAUUGACAGUUGUUAAUGUAUUGGUCUGUGCAGAUUUAUCCCAUUUGGAUACUGUUUCUAAUUCCAUGCUCAUCCUUUAGGUCAUGAUAUUCUCAUUGAGCUUUAACUGAGAUGUUUCUUCAUCUCCAUCCGAAAUGUUACAAUGUGGGAAAGAUUAGGAAUGUAUGAAUCAAUUGUCUAUUUACUCAUAUAGGUAAAUAAGAAGCUAAAAUGGGUUAAAUCAGUGUUUUGUUUGCUGUAAUUAAUAAAUAAUGAAUAACAUACUUUUAAUUGUUGCCUUAUCUCUCCUGAGGGUCUGCAAUUUUCUAAAUGCUAAUGUCUUGUAAUUUUAUUUCCCUUAAUUGCCAAAGCUUUGAAUGUAACAACUUCUCCUUCCCAGCCAUCUUUGUUUCGAUACAGAUUUUGUUAGUGUCACUGUCAUGGUACCCUCUUCCCUAUCAAGUGCACUACUUUGACCAGAGCCUACGGACCCUUGUCAAAAGUAGAAUAAUGGAAUAAGGUGCCAUUUGGGGGCGGCGCCAUUAAACAUAGUUGCACUUUCUUUCACUUGGGUCAUUGCAUACUUCACCUUGUGGUGUCAAGACAGUAACUGUGAACUUCCAAUCCAAUCAUCACUAAGAUUUCUCCCAGAAGAUGUAUAGUUAUUGUCUACUGUGAGGGUUUUUUGUUAGUGAGUAUCAUCCUUGUAAUUCACUAAACAUCACUACUCAUAGUUAUUUUUAAGACUUUGUUAUCUGUUAGCUGUCAACUCUUUUACUUGUUUUUUAUUACUUGGCUUUCAACUGAAGUGGAUGGCUUGGUUUCACAGACUGGGCAAAGAUGUAUGUAAAUGUUGUUCAGGAUUGCAUGUAUGUUAAACAUGUCUUCUAGCCUGCUAUUCAUUUCUUUAAUGAAUUGUGUGCAUGACAAUAUCAGUUCAUACUGCAUUGCAACUUUGUAAUUUCUGUAAUAUAGAAAUCGUAAUUGAGGUACACAGCAAAAUCUAUAAUUUGUAUGAUUUCACGUUCCUGUAACAAGUUUCUUACAAUUUCAUGUUUUCAACUUGGUCUGGCUCUUAUUCUAUGUUGCUUCGAUUAAUUCAAUGUUCUUGUCUUGUAAUAAUGUUUUUGACAAUGCAGUUGAACUAUACAGAUAAAAACAUACAUAUUGUAAAACAUACUGCAUCUAUCUCUGUAAUUAGAAAUAGGUAUGUGAAGCCACCAAACAUUAAUUUGAGGAUAAUGUGAAUUUGAGUUUUGUUCCAGAGAAAAUAUUUUGAAAGUUUGCUGUAAUAAAGUGAAAUGUCAAGAUUUGUUUUAUUUGUUGAUGUUUUUUUUAAAAUCUCAAUAAAAACCAAAAUAUGAUUUA